AUGAGCCACUUCGAGUCCUUGUCGCAGCAAAGCAGCGAGAUGGAAGUUGGCAGCGACUCAGACGAGCAGCCUGAAAAGGCGUGUUGCUUCUCGUGGGUCCGUUGUUGCUUCCAAAAGCUUUGCCGACGACUGAGGAAGCGGAAACGAAGCCAGCACCUCGCCGUCUCCCUGCCUCACGGGGAGACAGGUGCUGAGGAACAAGACGGCGCCUCACCUCCUCCACUCACUGACUGCUGUGAGAUGGAAGAGGAACAAAAAUGUAGUGAGACUGUAGACAACGUACACGUUCACUCACCAAUAACAGACUCAGUCGAGCCAGAUUUGAGACCCCUUGGUCAAGAUCAAAACACAAGCACGAGCACGCCACCAUUCACCGGCUUCACCUCUCCAGUUAUCGUAGGCGUGGUGUGGAAAAAGAACUUUGCGUGCACUGGUGAACACAAUGAGUCUAUAAAUAAGGAACUGGAGAAGAACAAGCCACUCAAUAACAUCAUGAAAACGAAACAUAAUGAACGGAAUGAGGCUGUUGAGGAGGAACACGAGAAGAAUAACAACCUGAAUCACUUGAACGAUGAACUAAAAGCAGAAUGCACCACAGUCUCUCAGAAUGAAGGUAAAGGAACAGGCAAGAUUCCAGGAAACCACUCCACGGAAGGGAAAUACAUAGCAUGCGAAGAACAAACUCAGAACAACGCAAAAAGAACUCGGCGCCAUCGCAGGAAGAAAAACAAGAAAAAGUCUCAAAAUAACGAGGGAAAGGAAACGAAUAUGAUGGAGGAGGAAGAGGCAAAGACGGCCCUCCUCGUGCGGAUGCUGGAACAGGAGCGUGGCGAGGAACACAUUUGCGUGGAAGAGAAAGUGACGAUGAUGGAAGAAGAAGAAGAGAUGGAAACAGGGAAUGAACAGAUGCUGGAAGAGAGGGACGAAGAAAAGCAUGAUGUUAUCGAGGAAGUGAAAGUGUGUGACGGUCAUUCAUCAGUUAAGGAACAGACGGAAGACAAGUCCGCGACACACGAAGAACAAACUCACAAAGCAAAAAGAACUCGUCGCCGUCGUAGGAAGAAAAACAAAAAGAUUCAAAAUAAUGUUAAUCACUGCAAUAACCAAAGUACUUGCACGAUUAAAGAGUCCUCCCGUGCAGAGGUGCCUCCACUCCCUGAAGAGGUACCAAACAUCGUCAGUGUGACAUUGCUAACUAUCACUGGAAAAGGACCAGUCACUGGCGUGGAACGAGAGGGCGCAGAACACCACAGGGACGAAGAAGAGAGCGUGACGUUAGUGAAGGACGAGGAGGCAGUGCCAGUAGUGCCAGAACUGAUGCUGGAACAACAGGAAGAGGAGGCGUGGGUGGCGGAAGAGCAUGAAGUGCUAUCCACAGAGCCAAAGCAGGCAGGAAAUCAGAUGAUUCUGACGGGUGACCACAGCGAUGAGGAAGAUGAAAGUAAUAUAAUGGAAGAGAAACAGGCCAGGACGAUCCUCCUAGAUUGCACGCUGGAACAGAAAGGUGAGCAGGAACAACACACUGGCGAUGAAGAGGAAGUGACGAUCAUGGAAAAAGAGGAGGGCAUGGAGAGAGAGAAUGAACAGAAGCAGGGGCAGAAAGACGAGGAAAACCAAGAUAAUGACGAGGAAGGGAAAGUGACGACAGUGGAAGUGUGUGACGCGGCGUGUACAAUUCAGGAACAGUCGCGGGAAAACGGAAGUCUGGAGGCUCAACACAAUUUGCAGGAAGAAACUGUAGAAGCAAAGAACAACAACAACAACAAAGACUCUUGUUUCCCUGCUGGCGACACUCUCGAGGGGGAACCUGCUGCUGAGCAGCAACAUGAAGCAGCGAUUACUGAGGUGGAAGAACACAUCAAGGAAGACGUGAACAGGUCCCCAGUCGCCGUCAUAGAUCACCACCUGAAACGCCAGCCACACCACCACACUGCACCAAUCACACAGCCUGCAUCAUGGCAGUAUCCGGCGCCUUCUUACAACGGCUCCCUGCAGGCUCUUCGCCAAGAAGUCCUGGACUUCCAUCGCUGGGCGGGAGGAACGGAGGCGGAGUCCCGGCGCAGGAUGCGCCCGGUGGAAGACGUGAGGGGCGUGGUUGGUGCGCUGUGGCCCGCGGCCCAAGUGCAGGUCACGGGCAGCCUGGCUAACGGCCUGUACUUGCCGGACAGCGACGUCGACCUCACGCUGGUGGGACAGUGGCCACCCUCGCCGCCGCCUCUGUUGGUCCUGAGAGACGCCAUCCUGCGGCAGGACGUGGCACUGCCUGCCUCACUCAAGGUUCUCGAGAAGGCCACUGUUCCUCUGGUUAAAUUUGUUCAUCAGCAGACCGGAGUGGAGGUGGACGUGUCUCUCGGCGGCGAGGCUGCUGUGCGCGCCGCGGUGCUGGUGGCAGACUUCAAAAAGCAGUUUAACACACUGACGCCUGUAGUUCUGUUCGUGAGAUAUUAUCUGAAACAAUUAAACCUUGGCCAAGUUUUCACAGGAGGCGUCUCCUCCUACGCCGUCACGCUCAUGGCCACUAGCCUCCUCCAACUGCAGGUCCCGCCUGAGGAACGAGAAGAGCCUGCUCUGGUGCUUUUAAGAUUCUUCUAUUUUUAUGGACACCAGUUUUCGUACGCCACGACGGGCAUCAGCGUGCUGGGGGGCGGCCGCUACCUGCGGAAAGAGGACGUGCCCACCGUCAUGCCCGGCGGCCACCACCGGGCAGAUCUGUGUAUCCAGGACCCAUUGACACCCGGCAAUGAUCUGGGCCGAUCGUCCUUCCGUGUCUGGGAGGCGCGAAGGGCCUUCCAGCACGCGUACCUGGUGCUGGCGCCCGCCGCACACGCCCCAGGCCGGUACACCUCGCCGUGCUCCUUGCUGGGCCAGUUGCUGCUGGGGUACGGCGCUCCCUCGCGAUGCCUCCCAGAAGGCCUCAUUCAUUACAGUCGUCAGUGUGCUUAUCAGCAACAAGGCCCUCGGCUGCCUCAGCAGGAGCGUCACCACAAGUAUGAACAGAGUUCUCAACUCGCUGCUCAGGUGGAGCAUCACCCGGUGUCUCGGCUAACCCUUCAACAAAACAAGCAAUACCCAAGCCACACAGGAUCAAAAAGCAAUCACCACAGUCAUCAGCAGGGAUACGGGGAAGUGUAUCGCCACAGUCCUCAACAGCAGCGUCAACACACGGUUCACCAGGGUUAUUAUUACCAGGGCUAUUAUUACCACAGUUCUGUCGAGUAUUGGGAGUGGUGUAACCAGAGCCAUGAGGAGACACGUCACCAUCACGGUCACCAGGAUUACUGGAAGCAGUAUUACCAGAGCCAUGCGGAGGGGCAUCCAGCAUCGAGGUCAGCAAGGCUAUAG